UGAUUGGCAGCCAUCUGAAACGGACGAGGCGACUCCUGCGCGCCUGGACGCUGCCGUUACCAGCGUUUCUCUUCUUCUGCCUGCCUGCCGCCAGUCUUCUGCCCGAGUCGGGCGCUGUUCCUCUCUCUCCACUUGCAUCCCCGCACGCGUCGUUCUGGGAGCCCUGGAGCAUGGUCAGCGCAGCACGCAUUCCUCAUCCCACACCGUGAGCCUCUGUACGGCGCACCCCACGCUUUGAUAUCGGAUUCGCGAUAGCAAUAGUACCCGGCCUCGACGUGUAAUCGUUGCCCACCAUGGGAAAGAAGUUUUCCUUCACCCUAGCCCCUAUCAAGGUGCCUCCAAGAAAUGAAAAGCCGGCAGAGCCCAGCCACGCGGAGAAGCCAUCGCACGUCAGACAUGCUUCGAAAGAUAGUAUUACCUCUGUGAACAUGACGUACAUCAGCCGCCAGCGCAUCGACCCCAAGACCGAGCAGGAGCUUCGAGCUGCUUGCGCCCUCAUCCUCCAGAACUUCAAGCCGUCCGACCACGACAUCCCCGAUGCAGACCCCAAGCUUGACUUCCGCGGACCACACAGGCGGAGAGAGCACAAGACAGACGACGCACAGGUCCGAGUUCACCGGCCUACCGGCGCCCCGCCCGAGCACGCGACCUCCCACAAUGUGCGGAGAGGAUCGCAGAAAGUGGCCACUGCGCCCAAGAGCUACCCAGACCUCCCGUUGCGGGCCAACACCGGAAAGAGGAGGGUGGAGAAUACGGAGAAUAUCACAUCAGAGGCCGAGGCUAGGCGGCCGCUCAAGUCCCCCACGACUGACGCUCCCAGGCACGUCCUUGCCCGCGCUGACACAGACACCGACGACGGCAUGAGUGUUGGAACCCCGCUUACUGCGUCGACGGAUACACACAUGUACAGCGGCUCGACCGCCCCGACUUCGGUAGCUGUGACGCACGUGAGCUCCAAACGCACAUCCCGUCAAGGCGACAAUCCUGCGGCUAUUGCCGACGCCCAGGCUGCCGAGUGGAUGCGACAAGAACUCGAGAAGCGCCGUCAACAGCUUGCUGCCCAGCCACAGUCUCGACCGCAGACGUCAGACAAGCCUCCCAGUCGCGCCAAUAGCAUCAGAUCGGGAAUUCGCGAAUACAUGUUUCCUGGGUCCCGGAGCCUCAGUCGCGCGCAGUCACACGCCUCUCUGAGAAGCCAGUCUUCCGAUCAGCCGAAACGCAGUGGUUCUGUUCAAGGAUGGCGAAGUUGGGGACUGAAUCGUUCUAGCUCUCGCAGCAGCAGCAGACCCGGCACCUCGAGCGGGCGAAAGGGACUGGCCGAGCACGAAAAGAAGAGCGAACUCAACCUCAACCGCGAGCUGCCACCCUUACCAAGCCUGGACACGUGGAAGGAGCCCGAGAGACCAAAGGAAAAGCCCAAGGCUCCAGGACAAGGCGCCCACAUCGCAACUCUGAUGCGAACACAGGACCAGCAGCAGCAAAGCUACGCUGCGGCUGCCCGCCAACAUCACCGUAGAAGCGGGUCGGAUACACUCGCGACCCGAUACGCGAAUGCUCCGGGACAUGUUUCACCCCUUGUCAAAUCACCUACCCAGCAAGCCUUCGCACAAAAAAGCACGGUCGUGGUGCCAGAAGAGCGAUCGAUGGACUUUGACCACAUGAUAUCGGCCAUGUCAGGUACACAAUCUCUUGAUGAUCAACUCAAACUACGUGUCAACGGGCACACCCUGCAGCACAGUGGUCAUAGCUUCCCAAGAGCGAGUGCCGACGGUCGCCUCGCCGCACCUAAUUUCUCCCGCAAGAUCAGCGCGGAUGGACUGCAAUCUGAUCGCCCAUUUGACGCUAAUCAGGUCGCAUACCCGAACGUGGUCCAGAUCACGGCAACACAUGCCCCCAAGGCGCCAGAGCACAAGUCGAAGCUAAGGAAAGUGUUCAGUGCAUGGGCACUCAAGAAAGAAAAGAAGACUGAUGAAGACUGGAUGCAGCGGAUUGAAAAAGGUGGCAUCAAGACGGGCGUGAUGAUGCAGGACGAGGCAGCGCUUCCUCCCGUGGUGCGGUACUGACUAUUGCUAUUUCUUUUGUGGGACGCAUAUAUUUCUUCGUCUAUAUUACACGGUGGCCAUUCAUACGCCUCGCAGGACAUUAAUGAUUACGAGGAGACGAUGUUACGACUGUCGAACCUUGUUGUACAGCGGGCCUGGCUUUUUUCUACCUUACUGUUUGGGACAAACCCACGCGCGCCUGUGGCGACGCUAAUUCUUGAUAUCGCUACAAUGGAGUAGGCGAACAAUGUAUAAUGCAGGUCAUUCUUGACUGUCACACGUAUGAAACCUCGGUCCUUCCACUGUGUCGACGUUCAUUUCGUAGUUGUUUCUCUAGGUUUCUGCGGUUGUAACAUCGAGUUAGGACAAGACAUUGCGCGAUGUGACUG